CAAGCUCGGCUGACGAGCCGUACAGCUCGAAAUACGCUGCAUACGGGCCACACACACCACUUUCUGCAAUACUUUUGAUCUCUGCGGCUCCUGCUUACACCAAACGCAACCUCGAAAGCGAGCAGCAAAACUUGUAUUGCCUGCUCUCAGGGCUGCAAACUGCAGCAGCGAUCGCAAGGCAUACAUGGCUACUCUCUGCGAAACGGCACUGGUCGACGCCGCCGACGACGACUCCGAAGCAGGAGCGCUCGACGACCUAUUAGGCUUGGGAGGCGCUCUCGCAGACGUCGCCGACGCGUCUGAUGAUGAUGACGCCGAUGCGCUCGUCGACGACGCGUUCGGUCGACGCGCGCGCGGCGCCGGCGCCUCCGUAUCGGGCGCCAAGGGCUGGGCCGUCCUAGACGACGCGCUCCUACCUAGUGUAGCGGCGCGCAUCCGCGACGCCGCGGCCCAAGAGACGUUUAAGCAGCAUACCUUUGUGUACGAUGGCCAGACGUAUGCGAAGCCCGGCGUCGCGGAGGUCGACCUCGCCGAAGGCACGUGUGCGACCUCUCUUGCGAAUGACCUGCGCGGCGUCGCCGAGGCGCUGGUGCCGGCCCUCGCUGUUUCUUGCGGAGUCUUCGACGGCGACGCGGCCAUCAAGAUUCAGCGCAACACUAGCGGCGCGUUUGCCUGCCACUACGACAACGCCGGGCCGCCGUCGAAGCGGAGCGUGACCGCCGUGCUGUAUCUGGGCCGGGCUGACGGUGCGGCGGUCUCGGAUCAAGACGGCGGCGCGUUGUGCCUGGCGCCUUUUCUGCGGCGCCGCGCGCGGUUCCGGCCGCUCAUGAACCGCCUUGUCCUCUUCAAGUCGGACCGCGUCCUCCAUUCGGUAGAGAGGUGGCGCGGCGCCUCUCCAAGACUCUGCGUCUCGUUCUGGUUCGAGGGCCCCGUGAACGCCCCUGAGGACCUGGUGCUGACGCGCGACCGCCUCCGCUUUAGUGGCUGGGACGAGGCCGCGGAAUUUUUUAUGAACUCGCCGGUACAGCGUGCCCUGUCGCGCAGUGUCUACGACGACGACUACCGCAGCAGCAUCCGCGACAUGCGGAGCGACGGCGAGGACGCCAUGCUCGCGGGCCACGCGCGAGUUGUCGAAGCGACGGUCAAGUCGCUCGAGCCGCUCGUGGAGGAGUUGCGGCGGCGGCGGGCGUUGAUCGGGGUGGACCUCGAGUUGUAA